UUGUUGUUUGGCUAGUUAACUAUCACCAAUUGACAUUCUCUUCCUCACUCACUAAACGUAUAUCUCCAAGACACAACAUCAUACAUAAUAUACAACCACAUACAACCACAAACAUAAAAUGUUCUUACAAUUACUAUCAUAUGUAGGAGUCGUUAUAGGAUUUAUAUUCUUAGUACUAUCAAUUGCUUCAGGAUUAUAUUAUAUAUCUGAAUUAGUGGAAGAACAUUCAGAACCUACUAAACGAUUUCUUAAACGAAUAAUUUAUGGAAUAAUUGUCACUUUUGGAUUAUUAUGGUUAUUUGAUGGUUUCCCCCUUUUAUUAACUAUAUUUUCAAUCUUUUCUUAUUAUAUUUAUUUACAAAAUUUACAUAAAUUUCCUUAUGUUGAUUUAAUAUCUCCAACAUUUUUAGCAUCUUGUGUAUUAGUAUUAGCUAAUCAUUUCUUAUGGUUUAAUCAUUUUCAUAAUCCUUAUAUACCUCCAUUAGAUGUUAGAUUACUGCCAAAUUAUCAACCUCCAAGAAUUCCUUCAUUUGUUGAAGUUUGUUCAUUUUUUGGACUUUUAGUAUGGUUUAUUCCCUUUGCAUUAUUUGUAAGUUUAAGUGCUCAUGAUAAUUUAUUACCUCAUCAUAUUGAUUCAGAAGUUGCAAAGGAUAAGAAAAAGAAUAAUGGUUUAGCUAAAGUUGUAGUUGGAAAUAUUAGAGAAUAUAUUUAUGCUAUAUCUCGAAGAUUAGGUUAUGAAUUAGAUCCAAAUCAUGGUCAUAUAAUUUAAUUUAAUUUAAUUGACUUUAAUUAGUUGAUUUUAAUUAAUUUAUUGAAUUAAUUUAUUUUAAUAGUAAAUAGUAAAUACUUACUGUAUAUAUUUAUUGUUUAUU